AUGACAGGGCUGUCUAUGGACAAUGGUAGCAGCUCCAAGGAUGAAGUGGAUCCUUUCUAUUAUGACUACGAGACUGUCCGCAAUGGGGGCUUGAUCUUCGCUGGCCUAGCUUUCGUCGUGGGGCUCAUCAUCAUCCUCAGCAAAAGAUUCCGCUGUGGGGGCCAAAAGAGGCGUAGGCACGGCAAUGAAGAUGAUCUGUAA